AUGGCAGAAGAAGCAGCCGCUGCCCCCGACUUCUCCCCGGACCAGAUUGAGGACUUCAAGGAGGCUUUCGGUCUCUUUGACAGAGUCGGUGACAGCCAGGUGGCCUACAACCAGGUGGCCGACAUCAUGCGCGCUCUCGGACAGAACCCCACCAACAAGUCCGUCAACGAGAUCCUCGGCAACCCCUCCGCCGACGACCUGGCCAACAAGAGGCUGGCCUUCGACGCCUUCGUGCCCAUGCUGAAGAAAGUGGACGCUCUGCCCAAGGGAACCGUGGACGACUACGUGGAGGGUCUCCGCGUUUUUGACAAGGAGGGCAACGGCACCGUGAUGGGCGCUGAGCUGCGUAUUGUGCUGUCCACCCUGGGAGAGAAGAUGACCGAGAACGAGAUCGAGUCUCUGAUGCAGGGUCAGGAGGACGAGAAUGGCAGCAUCCACUACGAGGCUUUCGUCAAGCACAUCAUGUCCGUUUAA